AUGGAGAAUUCCGGAGCCUGGAGUGCAAAGGAGUGCUUUAAAAAAGUCAAUUCCGUGGACAUACUGAUAAGAAAGAAACCCACCAAGCCACUGAAACGAAGCAGAUCCCUGAAGAUCAAAAAGGCUGUGGAAACACCAAAGAAGAUAGGAACACCUAAGAAAAGGGUGAAGGUCUUGUCUCCUAGCAGCCGUAUAGAAAUUAUGGGUAGCCCCGAAUCAAAAAGGUAUAGCUCUGCAAGGAAAAUAAACUUCAGCAACUAA